AUGCCUCUCCAUGUCAGCUUCUCUGCUUCCAGCAACACCACCCCAGCCGUGUUUUUCCUGACUGGCAUCCCUGGGCUGGAAGCCAUGCACCGCUGGAUUUCCAUCCCCUUCAGCACGGCGUUUGCCAUCGCCCUUCUUGGGAACAGCACCCUCUUGUAUGUGAUCAAGACCGAGCCAUCUCUGCACAAGCCCAUGUUUUAUUUCCUUUCCAUGCUGGCUGUCACCGACUUGGUGCUGUCCCUGACCACUGUGCCCAAAAUGCUGGCCAUCUUCUGGUUCGAUGCCCAGCAGAUCACCUUCAAGGCCUGCCUUGUGCAGAUGUUUUUCCUUCACACUUUCUGCAUCAUGGAGUCGGCAGUGCUGCUGGCCAUGGCUUUCGACAGGUAUGUUGCUGUGUGCAACCCCCUGCGCUACAGCUCCAUCCUGACCAGCUCCCUGAUAGUCAAGAUUGGGUUGUUGGCUCUGCUCAGGGCAUCCGGGCUCAUGUUGCCCCUGCCCUUCCUCCUUCGCCGCCUGCCCUAUUGCCGCUCCCACGUCAUCUCCCAUUGCUACUGCGAACAUAUGGCGGUGGUGAAGCUGGCCUGUGCUGACACCAGAUUCAAUAAUAUCUACGGCAUCUUUGUGGCUCUCUUCAUUGUGGGGUUGGACCUGCUGUCCAUUGGGCACUCCUACCUCAGGAUCCUGAGAACCGUGUUGAGCCUGGCAUCCAAGGAGGAGAGACUGAAGGCACUUGGCACCUGCCUCUCCCACAUCUGUGCCAUCCUAGUCUUCUACACCCCUGCGGUUCUCUCGUCCGUAAUCCACAGGUUUGGUCACCACGUUGCCCCUCAUGUGCACAUCUUGAUGGCCAAUUUGUACUUUCUCUUCCCUCCCAUGAUGAAUCCAAUAGUGUAUGGUGUCAAAACCAAGCAGAUCCGGGACCGGGUGCUCACUGCCUUUUCUCGCAAGAGGCUCUAA